CAUUAAUCAAUAUGGCUACAAUAGAACCUGGCAACCACAAGGCCGCAAUGGAGCGCGCCUUGGGUUUGGCCAACAACUCCCCUCCCAAACCCACCAACUUCCGUGUAGGAGCUCUAAUUGUGCGGCUUAGCGACAACACCAUCGUUGCCGAAGGAUACACUCUUGAACUUCCCGGAAACACCCAUGCAGAAGAGACAUGCCUAUUGAAGCUGGCUGAGCAGCAUGGAACGACAGAAGAGAAGCUAUCAGAUGUCUUCAACACCCCCCAUGCUCUAUACACCACUGUUGAACCCUGUUUCAAGCGGCUGAGUGGCAAACUCCCCUGCGUCGAAAGAGUCUUGCGCCAAAAGUCAUGGAUCAAGCACGUCUAUGUUGGCGUUCAGGAGCCCGAGACUUUUGUUGGGGAGAAUACAGGUCGCAAAACGCUCGAAGAUGCCGGUAUUGAGAUCCACCAUGUCUCAGGCUUGGAGGAUGAGAUUCUCAAGGUUGCGACUGCAGGGCAUAUCAAAUCAUGAACUAAGUUAUUCGUGUGAGAUCAAAUUGCUCAUUCAUGGGCGCCAACGAGUAAUGGACGGUCUUGUGGCAUAUUGGAUAAAUUUGUCAGUUGGAUCUGAGAUGAGGUGGAGGAGAUGAAAGCUAUAGUUUAGUUCUAUCGUUAGCAGUCAGCAUUGAUACAUGCUACACUGCUCUAAUGGGCUGUCCUCCCCCGCAUGCUGUGUUUGCGAUAUAUCAGUCAAUACAUCAAGUCAG